AUGAUGGACGAACCAGACGACGUUAAUAAGCUGCUAUCGGGUAAACUCGCUUCGAAAUAUUCUGGGUCUGACUUAGAAGCGCUAAGGGCCAUUGCUGCAGCUGUUAAAGCGAGAAGCCUUGCAGAUUUCAAUGAUGCUUACCCACAAGAGCUUCGAGAGGAUCCUGUUGUCUGCGAACACUUUAAUUCCCAUAGUGAACGCAUGCUCGAAAAAUACUUGAAUCGUAUCAUUCUGCCAUAUUAA